GUGUCUAAUCUUCAGUCAAGUUAUAUAGCCAGGUGAAAGAAGCAGGUGUGCGUCUCCUCCAGGUGUACUUCUGAAAGUCUUCCUAGCCCCUAACCACCACGACCACCACCACCACUGCUACUAUCGGUGCCAUCAUAAGACUCCUGCUCAAGAUGAGGUUCUUAACAUCAUCUUUCUACCUGCUGGCGAUCCAAUUAGUCCUUCUGCAAGUGGCGGAGGCGCAGAUUAGGGAAGAUGUGAGCGAGAUAGCGCCCUACACUGUCGUCAGGGAGGCUCAGGGUUACGAGGAGCGCGCCUACCCCUCCGCACACUGGGUCUGUCACAACACCUCCCUUCAGGACCCCGGUCUGACCGCUGACUCCUUCUGGCCUCUCUUCGGCUACAUCUCAGGAGCAAACCUCAAUGCUGUAUCCAUCCCCAUGACCGCGCCAGUCACAGUGAGGGUGCAGAAGGAUAACCAGACAGGGAACUGGAAUACCAUGAUGUGCUUCUACAUACCGGAGGCCCACCAGGAGAGCCCGCCCGCCCCCUACAGCGAGGAUGUGGACGUGGUGAUGAGGCCCGCCAUGAAUGUUUUCGCCAACCGCAAAGGAGGGAACCUGACGACUGAGGAGUGGGCAACCUUCGCAGAAGAGUUCAAGGCCACUCUAACUACUGAGGAGCCAACAGCUGACCUCUCCACCUACUAUAUCGUUGGCUACGACUCCCCAAGCAAGGCCACCAACCGCAGGAACGAGGUGUGGUUCCAGAGGACGUAAAACAAGUCCUGACCUAAAUUAACAUACUCUCUACAGGCAGUACAAGGAAUCAAUAUAUAUAUAUAUAUAUAUAUAUAUAU